UGCCAAUACCAUGACCCCACUGCUACCAUUGGGCACUCCGUUCACAAUGUUGACAUCAGCAAACCACUCACCCACACAACACCAUACAUCUGCCAUCUGACCAGUACAGUUGAAACUGGGAUUAAUUUGUGAAGAGCAUACUUCUCCAGCAUGAUAGUGGCCAUCGAAGAUAAGAGUGAGGAGACCUUUGAAAUCAUGGACGUAGUAGAGUAUGCCAAGAAACAGAGAUGGUGGAACAAAAUAUUUGGCGAGAACUCUGGGCCCGUAGCAGAGAAGUAUAAUGUUGCCACCCAGCUUGCCAUUGGUGGAGUGUCUGGCUGGUGUGCAGGGUAUUUGUUCCAGAAAGUUGGGAAGCUGGCAGCUUCGGCAGUGGGUGGAGGCUUCUUUUUCCUUCAGAUUGCCAAUCACACAGGAUACAUCAAAGUGGACUGGAAGAGGGUGGAGCGUGAUGUAAACAAUGCCAAGAAGCAGCUGAAGUUGAAUGCAGAAAAGCCCACUAAGGAAGUCAGGACAAAAGUGGAUGAGGUGCAGACAUUUGUGAAGAAGAAUAUUAUCCUCACAGGAGGUUUUGCUGGGGGAUUUCUGCUGGGCUUGGCCUCUUAAGAGCCUCUCAUUUCGGUCUUUACUUAAUAUGUUUUGUCUCAUACAAGGCUGAAAACAGCUUAAACCUAAGCAGCUAUCUAGAUAUGUAAGUAGACUCCAUUGAUAUCAUAUGUCAAGCUAAUUCAUAGGUUUGGUGGGUUUUUUGGCAUGUGUCAAUUUGAAAACAGCCUUUUAGAUACUAUGUCUGUGGUUAAAGUUUAUGCAUGGUCUAUGCACAUAUGGCAGGAGCAUUGGCUUUAAUUUUUCUAUGGGUUGUUUUGGUAUUGUACUUAUUUGAGAGAUUGUUCAGAUCCACUUCAAUAGUUGUAUCUGUAUGCAUUCAGAUGGCACUCAGGGUUCUCCCCAGGAAUUUUUUAAAACAAGGUGUUUCUGCUGAGUAUGGCUGGGGGGUGGCCCUGAGGGGUGUAGUGCCCCCCUUUGGACUCAGUUUAUUUAUUUAUUUAUGACGCACCUCUAACUGCCAUUUCCUGCAAUCUAGAGAAAAAAUGGCCUAUGAUACAUAAAGUGGAGCAGCGCCUCUUACAUUCUUUAGGGAGAACCCUGGAACUGGAGCAAAGCCCUUUAGCGUGUUUUGUAACAUCCUUCAUUUUCUAAGUUAAGAUCAACAAGGUUGUUAUGUGUUUAAAUGUUACUUCAAACCGAAGGGUUUGAGUUAAAAGCCGUCAUUGAAAAUAAGAAUUUGUUCUUAACUGACUUGCCUAGUUAAAUAAAGGUAAAAUAAAUAAAAAUGUAUAUGUAUGAGUAAAUACUGUAUGACAGGACUAGGAGGACACAGUAACGCAAGUUUGAAUGGUAUUUGAAGUUAUAUUCUUACCUGAAAAUCAGUGACAUUUCAAAGUAUAACUCAAAGAAAAUCAUGUGUGCAUAUUAACCGUCCCCAAUAGUAUUGACUUAUUUACCAGUGCAGGAGGUUGCGUGUGAAGUAUUUAUUUGAGACCAAAGAGUGAGAUGGCAAGACUGGACAUAUGAUUUGGCUUUCUAAUUCCCUGCAAAGAGUGAGGCGUGUCAUGUGUGUAAGUACAGGCUGUGCACAUUAUCAAAAGCUAGGGUGUAUUUGUUAUUUGGAUUCUGUUGUAAAAUGUAGUGCAACGGAACCUGUUUACUCCAAACAGAAAAUGUUUUGCAGUGAAAACAAGUUUGUUCUUUCUGAAAAAUUCAAGUAGGUUCUGUUUGCUUCCUCGUAAAUGUUUUUUGUUGCAGAACUUUUUGCAAUAGACCAAACAUUUUACAACAAUCAGGCUAAUGAAUACACCCUUGCCUAACAGCAUACAAGGCUUCUGUUUCACAAACAACUAUGGACAAUUAUGAAUGUAAUACAUGGAAGAUAUCAAUAGCCAUUUGUAUGGAACAUAUGGGAUGACAAAUACACUGAUAGAAAUUAGUUUCCUCUAAUUAUUUCUCCAAUGUUUAUUCUCCUCAAUGCAACCCAUGCCUAAGUACUUAUCAUUAGGAAAGUGUAAAAUGUGCUGUCAAAAGCUUUAAUAGUAUUUUUCACUGUUAAAAUGCAAUAUUUUGUUACAAGUAAAAUGUAUCAUUCUGGGAGAAGUAA